AUGCACAACAAGAUUGUUAGAAUUGCAUCUAGUGCACUAACAGGGGGCAAACUACUCGAGAAACUGAAGCCUUUGACUCACUGGGAAGUUCAAUGGGACCCUACCAGUACCAAAUGCUUGGGAAUAACAAGGGAGGUAACUUUUAAGGACUAUGAAACCACCUGGGCUUUUCUCACCCGUGUGUCUAUGAGAUCUCAUCUUUGGGGCCACCAUCCGCUGAUCCACACGAGCUACAACUGGGUGAAGCUUGAGCUUCGUACGCAUGACAUAGACCCGAAAGACGCCAAUGGGGGCCAGCUUAGCGAUAUAGAUGUCCGCAUGGCCAAGAGGAUCGAUUCCUAUAUCGAUGAGGUGAAAAUUUAA